GGACAAAAAAGAAUAUGAAUUGUAAUUGAAAUUUGUAUUUUACACUAGAAUACAAACUUGUAGGAAAAAAAGGUGAAGGAACAUUUUCAGAGGUGAUAAAAUCACAAUCUUUUAAAACAGGAAACUAUGUAGCUAUAAAGUGUAUGAAAAAUAAAUUUACAUCAAUUGAAUAAGUAAGGUAUUAGAUGAAGAUAAAAGGUCAAUCAUUUGAGAGAGAUUUAAGCAUUAAGAAAAUUAAGUCCUCAUGAACAUAUCAUAAAGUUGAUUGAAGUUCUAUAGUAACUUAUUUUAAUAUAAUAAUGAUAGUGAUGAACCAACAGGUAGAUUGGCAUUAGUAUUUGAAUUAAUGGAAUAGAAUCUAUAUGAACAUAUCAAAGGUAUAAAGAUAUUGAUUAUAAAUAGGUAGAAGAUAGCCGUUGAAUCCAUAGAAAGUUAAAUCCUUUAUGUACUAACUGUUAAAAUCGAUUGAACAUAUGCAUAGAAAUGGUAUAUUCCAUCGAGACAUAAAGCCGUAAGUAAUUAUAAUAUAAAUAGUGAAAACAUUUUAUUGAAUUCAGACCAUUUGAAACUUGCAGAUUUUGGAUCAUGUAAAGGCAUAUAUUCUAAACAUCCUUAUACAGAGUAUAAUAAUCUAUGAUGAUGAUAAUAGAUAUAUAUCGACAAGAUGGUAUAGAGCUCCAGAAUGUUUAUUGACAGAUGGAUAUUAUGAUUAAAAAAUGGAUUUAUGGGGUGUUGGAUGUGUAAUGUUUGAAAUCAUAGCAUUAUUUCCUCUAUUUCCAGGAACCAAUGAAUUAGAUCAAGUUAAUAAGAUUCAUAAUAUUUUGGGAACUCCUAAUCCAAAGGUUUUUGAUAGAUUCAGAAAGUUAAACUAUUCAAUCUUAAAAUUUUAGAUAAGCUACACAUAUGGAAAUUAAUUUCCCAAAUAAACAUGGAAGUGGAAUUGAAAGACUCUUAUAAGGAUAAACAAAAGAAUGUAUUGAUUUAAUCAAAAUGUUAUUGGUUUAUGAUCCUGAGGAAAGAAUUACAGCAUAAUCUGCUUUAAAACAUGAAUAUUUUAAAGAAUUAUAUGAAGCAGAUGCAACUCAAAAGAGUUUUUAGCAUACUCUAUAAUAGAUUAGAAUCUCUAAUCAUCGAGAAUAGUAAGACAAAUCUAUAUAAAAUAUAGGAAUGAUAAUUCAUUAGAAAGAAGUCAAAGAAUUGAAGAAAACAAAUAAAUUCAUUAACCUAAUUUUAAAAAGACAUAAAAUUAUUAUGCAAAAUCAUAAAAGAAAUCAGGAGUAUAUAUAUUUAAAUAUAUAGUUACCAUCAUUAUAAUUCGAUCUUAAAGUUGAAAGUAUAUAUAAGAAUACUUAACAUCAUGAUAGUGAUGAUGAUUUAGAUAAGUAAUCUUCAAAUAAAUAAAUGAUGUUGCCUGAAAUCAAAAAGAAAAAAAAAUAUGAUCCUAAAGUUAUCUAUGGUAAAUAAUAAUUCCAAUCCAAUUAAGCAUAUUAGUUUAAUUCCAAAGGUAUAUUACAUAUAUAUAACAAUUAAAUAGCUGCUAAAAAAAUGGCACCUGGAUUAUAAGCAGAUUAUAUUGUAUAUGGAAAGAAAGCUAUGAAUUAAUAAGUCUUAGGCUGA